CCUCCUCUUUCUGUCUCUGCCAGACAACCCAGACUCACUCAGACAGCGGGACAACAUGGAUCCAAACGCGACGAUUCUGCGAGUCAAAAGAAAAAGGGGGACCGACCCCGCAGAUGCUUUGUUGCUGGCAUGCAAACGUAUCCGCCCAGAGACGUCCCAGGGCUCGGGCGAAACGGUACCGGAGCCCAAUGAAGCCGAGGUGGAAAACUCCGUCUUCAAACUCGUGGCGACCGUAGCGACACAGGAUGCUCCAGUCCAGACGCAGGUUCGGCAGGCUUUGGCUCGGCCUCGCAUGGUCCACGCGCUGCGCCCCUCUGCCACCAGUUCACAACGGAUAAUUGGGGACCUACGAAGCACAAAGUGGAGCACCCGGAGGGAAGAACGCUACAGAAUACUCUCUAGUCACCGUACAGGGUUGUCAAGCCCAACUGAGCAGCAAAUCCCCCAGACAGAGGCCUCUGAGGGCGUGGAGGAAACUGGGAAAGAGCAGGACAAAUGUUCGGGUCUUGGAGAGAUCCAGGUGGUUGAUCUUGUACACGAGGAUGUAGAGGAGCAGGACAAGUCUUCUGGCAAGACGCUGUCCUCAGACCCAGAAGUGAUCCUGUGCAACAGCACCAAGAUGCUGCGGGAGCGUCUGAGCAUAUCUGGAGAGAGGCUGGGGGAAGAGCACCGGGAGCUGGAUGCGGAGUACGUCUACGACCUUUACUACCAGGAAACGGUCACACCAGGGUGGAUCCAGGACAUCCUGUCUGUCAGGGCCUACGCCGAUGAGGGAGAACUGGUGCCUGACCUUGUGGUUUGUGAAGAGGAGGUGUAUGAAGACGAGGACGAUGAAAAUGAGGAAGGCAACUGGAGGAAUGACUACCCUGAUGAGAGCGAUGCAGACAGCGACAGAGAGGAGCGCUACGGAGGCUACUGGGAAGAGGAGCACUCGUACAGCCGGAGGAGCUGGCAGUGCUACCAGACGGAAGAGCUGCGUGAGCUGGGCUGCCGUGGUGGAGAUGACGAUGAGGAUGAUGAUGGAGACAAAUAUGAUUCUGAUUGAUUUACCCCUUAAGCCACACCCUGUCAGUGGAUCUUCCCAUUGCCCUCUUCACAAAUAACACCAUACUCCACAGACCUCUGUGUAGGAGAGGGUGGGGUGGGGUGGGGUGGGGGGGACUGACGGGCACAGAAACAUGCCUGGGGUGGGGGGAAAAUGCACUUCAAGACAUCCCAUCUCAAAGUGUAGCAAUGUAUGUGUAGCACUCAUCAGAUUUAUAAAAAACAUCCUGUUCUUGACCCGUAACUUGUUCAGAAAAGUUUAAUUUCAUGUCACAAAGUUUGUCGACCCCUAUUGGUUCAGAAAAUGGUCAUCUCUUUAUGGUGGAAUCCAUCCCUCUCUACUACACAGGGGAUGAAGGAGUAGGUGUAAUUUCCAGAAGGAUCCAGAGUGUCUUUUUUUUUUUUUUUUUAAACUGGUGGAGUGAACUUGUGUGUGGGUGUUUGUUAAAAGUGGAUGUGUGUUAGAAAAUGUUGCGUAUUAGUGUUACAUGCCUGGUAUGCUUUGUGCUGUUAACACUUCUGUUAGUGAGACGUCUCGGGCCGCGUGUGGUUGCAAUUUAGGGUGUUUGCAUUUUGUGCAUGGUAGUGUGUGUAGGUGUAAUUGUGUGUGUUAAGAUUUUUGCAUAAUGUGAAAGCGUGGUGUGUUUAUUUUGUUGUGGGUGUGCGAGUUUGGUUCAGAAAUUCCCUUUUUUUGAAGUUAAGAUUGUUUUGCUUGGAUGCUUGUUGAAUUAAACUUUUUGUAAAUAUGUAGAUGUGUAUAAAAAGAAAGCUUUCAAAAUAAACUUCAAACAUCUCAGA